GUAAAUUUCAUUUGGAAUUUUUUGGAUUACAACUUUAAAAUUACAAUAUCAAAAGAUAUCUGCCUAUAUCUGCUCGUAUCAUAUUUUUGACUUACAUAUAUACCGAAAUUAUCAUGUUUUUGGAUUUAGUAGCUGAAAUGUUAAUAAAUAUAUGGACUAUUUGAUCAUUCAAAUUGGAUAUUUAUUAUUCAAUAAAUUUUCGUGAAACUCAAUAAGACUCUAAUAAUUAUAAGAAAUUCAUCAAUUUUGAUAUGAAAUUUUAAGAUAUAUAAAAAUAAAACAAAAAAAAAUUAUUUUUCUACAAAAAAAACAAAAAAUAUUUUUACAAAUUUUUUAAAGACUUAUACAAAUUAAAAUCAAAAUUAUCUACAAAUACAUAUAUAUACAAUAUAAAAUUUCUACCAACAAAGCAAUAUAAUAUUAUAAAAAUUAAAAAAAAAAAAUGGCUUCUCAAAGAUUUUGUUUAAGAUGGAAUAACCAUCAAAGUAAUAUGCUAACAGUAUUUGAUCAAUUAUUACAUGCUGAAACAUUUACGGAUGUAACGUUGGCCGUUGAAGGGCAAUAUUUAAAAGCACAUAAAAUGGUUCUAUCAGCUUGCAGUCCAUAUUUUAAUGCAUUAUUUAUAAAUCAUGAAGAAAAACAUCCAAUUGUUAUAUUAAAAGACGUCCCAUAUACAGAUAUGAAAAGUUUAUUAGAUUUUAUGUAUCGUGGUGAAGUUUCUGUUGAUCAGGAACGUUUAACUGCAUUCCUUAGAGUAGCAGAAACACUAAGAAUAAAAGGAUUAACAGAAGUUAAUGAUGAUAAACCAAUAACAAAUAAUAACAAUAAUAAUAAUAAUAAUAAUAAUAAUAAUAAUAAUACAAUUAAUAACAAUACUAAUCUUAAUAGUAAUAAUAUUAAUAAUAAUAAUAUAAAUCGUGCAAUAUCACCUCCACCACCACAAUUACAUAGAAUACAACCAUCACCAUUUUUAGUUCAACCGCAACAGCAACAACAACAACAACAACAGCAGCAGCAACAGCAAUCAUCACAACAACAACAAAAUUUACAACAAGCUGUUGCAGCAGCAGCACAAAGACAAAUUAAGAUUACAGGAAAUAUUGUUGGUGGUAAUACAACUGGUAACAAUUUAUUAAGUGGUGUUAAUCCAAAUCCUGUUGGACAAAAUAUUGGUUUAUUAUUGAAUAGUCCAUUAUUAGGAUCAGCUUUAUCUGGUCCAAAACGUAAAAGGGGACGCCCUCGGAAAUUAUCUGGUAGUUCAAAUGGUACCGGUAAUGAUUUCGAUGAAUUCGAUCGUGAUAAUGUUAUGCAAGAUUCUCCAGAAAUGCUUGAUGCAAGAAUAACUAACGAUAAUUUUUCUGGAAAUGAAGGAUCUGAAGACAAUUUAAGAGACGCUGGAAAUAAUGAUAAAGAUGAACCAAUGGAUACAUCAACAAGCUCAAUUAAAUCAAAGGACACAUCAACAUUACGAAAGGAUGGAAGUGAAAAUAGUUCUGAUGAUAGUGAUUCUGAUGAACAAAUGGACCCAUCAUCGUAUAUGGAACCACAAUUAAUGUUAGAUGAAUAUGAUGAACCUGUCGAAUUUAAAUUUGAUCCUAAUGCAGAUUCAACAAAUCAAAGUGGCAAUAAUGGCAACAAUAAUAAUAACAAUAGUAAUAAAAAUAAUAAUACUAAUAAUAAUAAUAAUAAUAAUUCAACUGCUAAUAAUAAUAAUAAUACAAAUAACAGCACUAGUAAUAUUAAUAAUAAUAGUAACAACAAUAUCAGUAAUAAUAAUAAUAAUCAACAAACUCCACCACAACAACAAAUUCAAACACCACAGAUACCCCAAUUAACACCAGAAAGCUUGGGACUUAUCAAAAAUACGUUAAUUGGGGCUGCUGGAGUUGUACCAGGCAUAAAUUUAAAUCUAAUCAAUCAAUUAGCUGGUAUACCAAAGUUAACUCCCAUAAUUAAAUCUGCAGUAUCUGCUUCUGGAAAUACUUCUAAUAAUAAUACCGGUAGGAGUACCCAAAAUUCGGGAGCUGGAAAAAAUAUGCCAAAGUUAUCUAAACGUCCAAAAUUGAAACAAAAUGGUUUGAAUCCAAAUCAGUUAAAACAGCCAAUCAACAACAACGACUUUAUUGAUUUAUUCACAAGUAAUUUGUUGUCUGCUUCAUCACCUAUUAAACCAGUUGUUUCCGGUCAGCAAAGUCAACAAUUAAAUACGAGUGGCGGAAGUAUUGCAUCGCCUGUACCAUCUGGUGGAUUAAAUGCAGUUGGAGAUAAUAGCAAUAGUAGUUCAAAAUUUGAUUCCAGUAGUGUAAAAUCUGAAAGUGGUGGUGGCAAUAAUAAUAAUACUAAUGCUAAUAAUAGUAGCAAUAAUAAUAAUAACAAUAAUAAUAAUAGCAACAACAAUAAUAAUAACAGCGGAAGUAAUCAACGAUCAAACAAAUAUAUUAUAGAUGAUUCAGAAGGUUCUGUUAGAGACUUUUGUACCAAAGAAGGUGAUCAUACAUAUCGUUGUAAAGUUUGUUCUCGCGUUUACACCCAUAUAAGCAAUUUCUGUCGACAUUAUGUCACAUCACAUAAACGAAAUGUUAAAGUUUAUCCAUGCCCAUUUUGCUUUAAAGAAUUUACAAGAAAGGAUAAUAUGACAGCUCAUGUAAAAAUUAUACAUAAAAUUGAGAAUCCGUCAUCAGCGCUAACGGGUCAAGUAGUGCCUCACAUUAAUAAAAACGAUAGUGUAACAUCACCUCCGGGCAAAGCUGGUAGUGAUUCCGGUAAUAGCAAUAACAAUAACAACCAAGAGGCACAAUCUUUAAGUAAAUGGGAUAAAGAGAAUUCAUCAUCAGCAGUUACAACAAGUUCAUCUGAUAAUAUAGCUUCAUCUCUAACAUCUCUGAUAACAAGUAAAGUGUCAACGCCGACUACAGCGCAGUAAAAUAAAUUUUGUUUUUAUAAAAAAUAUGUAUUAACAAUAUAAAUAAUUAAAUGUAUCUUUAAUAUUUUAUAUAAUUUUCCCGCCACAAUUUCUUCACUGUACUGACAAAGAGUAAUAGUUAACGAAUACAAGAUAGUAUUUGUAAAAUAUUCUUUAAUCGAUUAUUUAUUAAAUUCAUUUUUAAUUAAAUAAUAUUAUUUAAUAUGUAUUAGUAAAAACGUUACAUGGAAAUGGUUAAUGGUUUCCAAUAUUCCAAUGUU